GGGCGGGCCGGUUGGCGGCGGCGGCGCGGCGCUGCGCUGACUGGGCUGGGCCGGGCAGCGGCAGCGACGGCUGAGGUGGUUAAAGAGGCCACUGAGGCGCUGACUGAGUGGCCGGCAGGCGCCUGUAGCCUCGAGCAGCCGCUUCGUGCCGCUCGGCACUCCGCGGGCAGCGGUGGGCCGCGGUGCGCAGCCUGCCAGGGAGCUGCGGCGGGCACACCCCGGCGGCGGCGACAGCGGACAGGUUAGAGUGGGGGCAGGGACGGUCGCGGGAGCAGUCGGGGGCCGGAGAGGGAGCCCGAGCCAGGCCAUCUCCAACCAUGUCCGACGAAGCGUCAGCCACCACUUCGUACGAGAAGUUUCUAACCCCCGAGGAGCCCUUCCCGCUUCUGGGACCCCCUCGCGGGGUGGGCACCUGCCCGAGCGAGGAGCCGGGCUGCCUGGACAUCAGCGACUUCGGCUGCCAGCUCUCGUCUUGCCAUCGCACGGAUCCGCUCCACCGCUUCCACACCAACAGGUGGAACUUAACUUCCUGUGGAACAAGUGUGGCCAGCUCAGAAUGCAGUGAGGAGCUGUUUUCAUCAGUUUCUGUUGGAGAUCAAGAUGAUUGCUAUUCCCUAUUAGAUGAUCAGGACUUCACGUCUUUUGAUUUAUUCCCUGAGGGGAGUGUCUGCAGUGAUGUCUCUUCUUCUAUUAGCACAUACUGGGAUUGGUCAGAUAGCGAAUUUGAAUGGCAGUUACCAGGCAGUGACAUUGCCAGUGGGAGUGAUGUACUUUCUGAUGUCAUACCCAGUAUUCCAUGUUCACCUUGCCUGCUUCCUAAAAAGAAAAACAAGCACCGGAAUUUAGAUGAACUUCCUUGGAGUGCAAUGACAAAUGAUGAACAGGUGGAAUAUAUUGAGUAUCUGAGUCGUAAAGUCAGUACUGAGAUGGGUCUUCGGGAGCAACUUGAUAUUAUUAAAAUAAUUGAUCCUUCUGCUCAAAUCUCCCCUACAGACAGUGAGUUUAUUAUUGAACUUAACUGUCUCACAGAUGAAAAACUGAAGCAGGUCAGAAACUAUAUCAAGGAGCAUAGCCCUCGCCUACGGCCUGCAAGAGAGGCCUGGAAGAGAAGCAACUUUAGUUGCGCAAGCACCAGUGGAGUGAGCGGUGCCAGUGCCAGUGCCAGCAGCAGCAGUGCCAGCAUGGUCAGUUCUGCAAGCAGCAGUGGGUCCAGUGUUGGAAACUCUGCUUCAAACUCCAGUGCCAACAUGAGUCGAGCACACAGUGACAGCAACUUGUCUGCAAGUGCAGCAGAGCGGAUUCGGGAUUCAAAAAAGCGAUCCAAGCAGCGGAAGUUACAGCAGAAGGCCUUGCGCAAGAGGCAGCUGAAAGAGCAGAGGCAGGCUCGGAAGGAGAGGCUCAGUGGGCUAUUCCUUAAUGAAGAAGUGCUGUCCUUGAAAGUGACUGAGGAAGACCACGAAGCAGAUGUAGAUGUUUUGAUGUAAUAAGGGUGAAUUUAUCCGCGUUCUUUCUAAGCAUUAUUCUAUCCUUAUUUGUUUACAUGCAUCUUGACCAAACUUUUGUUGGUUAGGGCUGUGCUGAUGUACUAUUCAUAAUUUAGGUCUGUGGUUCUCAGCAGGUGGUCCUCAGACCAGCAGCUUCAGCAUCAGCUGAGAAGUUAUUAGAAAUGCAUACUCUUGGGCCCCACCCCAGACCUAGUGAAUCAGAAAUGCUGUGGGAGGGGCCUAGCAUUGUGUUUUAACAGGCACUAGGUUAUUCUGCCACACACUCUAGUGUUAAGAACCACUGAUUUAGUAAAUGUUUUGACUAUUUAAACUUCAGGGUGGUUAAGUGGGCUUUUUCAAAGACUAGUACUUUUACAGUUUAGAAGACUUUAAGGUACUGCUGACAAAUAGUCUAUUAUGUCAGUAUACAUAUGUAGAGAUCAUAAUUCAGUUUCCUUCUUAAUGUUAUGAUUUCUUAGUUUAGUUUUUCUAAAGGGCCGUAGCAUAAUUCUCAAUUCCUAGUGGACAUCUUUUUUCCAGGUUGGGGUAGGGUGUGGAUUGCUGUUUACAAUAGUGCCUUCAUUAGGUUUAGUUCUAUCUGUUUUCAUUCAUUAUUAACUCAAAGGUGUAAAAUCAGGCCCUGAUAUCUUUCGUUAGGUUUGUUUUUGUUUUUCACUUUAUGUAAAUUCAGAAUCCUUUCUGCAAGUGAUGACUACUGAGAAAAUAAUGUUACUAGUGGCUGAAUUUUAGACUUGAUGCUAUGUUGAUUAAUAUUCAAAUGGAGAAAUCAAUUAAGCAAAACAACCAAUUCUACUUUUCCACUGCUUUUUGAAAUUUUAGGCUGUGAAACGGUUUUAAAGGCAGAAAAUAUCUCUAUCAAGUUCUUUUGUAGGUCUUUUUAUUUUCAGCACAGCUCUAAUUUUUAACUAUUUGGUGUAACAGCUUCUGGCAUGUGAACAGGUUAAUGUUCAAAAUUAACUAAAGAAAACCCUUACAGUUCUGCUAAACUCUAUAAAUCGCUAGAAAUACAGAGCAGUGAGAUAUUAAAAAAAACUUAGCUUCUUGGCUACUAAUAGAACUCUAAUUUUAAAUGUGAACUCAUGGAGUCUCUUUAAAUGUUUUCAUGGAGAGUUUGUUAUGAACAUUAGAAGUAGUGUGAUUCCUUUUAUUUUUCCACAAAUCUUUAAACAUUCACAUGGGUUAAAAAAAAAAGGAAACUGAUACUACUGACAAUCAAGCUGCUUUCUGACUUUCAUAAUUUUCUUUUUGUUGUGGAAACUUGGGAGGUAAUCAUAAUUUUGUAGGAGGAGUUGUAAUCAAUAAUUUUUUAAACUCUAGAGUCAGCGGUUGAUAGAGUCCUACUUUUUUUUUUUUUACAUUGUAUCAUAUCAAGUAACCUGUUAAAAAGAUUAACAACUUAGAUUCUUAAUUCUCAGUUGAUAGAAAGGCUUAACCUUUUCUUACAGUCAUGUGUUUUGAAAUUUUGAUUUUAUUUUGGUUCCCUGAAGGUUAAAGAAUUGAAACUGAGGAAAAAAUAGAUAUAUUGCAGCUUUGCUGAGGACUGUGGUAUGGUUGUAACAUUUCGAAGACUACUAAAUUCAUACUUCAAAUUUUUACUAAAAAGUAUAUACGUAUAUAUGGUUAUCAGUUGGAGUAGUCCUUCUGACUUUCCUCUUACCCCCUGUUUGUGCUUCUAACUAGCUUAGAGGGCCCAAAGAGAGCUUGGGGAUAGAUCCCAGAAUAUUCUGAGGAAGACAGAAAGGGUCCACCUCGUUGUUUUCCCUUCCAAAUAUAUUAAGAGUAAAUGGAGAGAAGAGCAAAUACAGGUGAAUUCUCUACCUGCUCUUAGCAAAAGCAAAAUUCCAGGGAAUGAUUGCCUGUUCUCUUUACCUACUCUUCAAGGAAAACAGGCUACUUUUGGAGAUCAUAGAGCAGCAUUUAUCUAUUAAACACUUGGCAACAGUUUACUUGACAGUGACCAGUAGAAGAAAAUGCUAAUAAGACCAAUUCCUCUAUUCUCCCAACAAUCACGUAGUCUUACUACCCUAGAUUUAACUUAAGUCACUAUUAAACAAGUUUACCAAAGCACCACAGAGCCAAUUUUUAAAGUUUAUAAAGGUUUGAGUGUUUAUAGUAAAGUGCGCCAUGAAAUUUUGUGUAAACUGGAUGCGCUGUUUUUACGGUACCAUAAAUUAGAGAUAGCUCAUUAAGUUGGCUUGGAAGAGAUUGAAAGAAUGAAAAGAAAAGAAAUUAAGCAACUUGGGUUUGCUUAUCAUCGAAGAGGGAGAUUACAAAGUUUUUCUCUACCUACCCCCCCACAAAUAAACAGCAGAAAAAGACAAAAAAUUCUCAUCUUUGUUAAUGUGCUAUACUUUUUUUUGGUUUUAUUGCCUCCUGUAGGUAAUUGAAGUUUGAAUUCUUUCUUGGAAUAAGUAAUAAAUUCAGUCUGGUCUCUUUCUGAGUUCAAUUUAAAACAAAUCCAACUCAAUAUUUAUUUCUUUUUAAAUAUAAACCCCAACUAACCAAUUAAUAAAAAUGUGAGAUUUAUUUGCUCCAAUGUCAGUUCUCAUCUGUAGAGAGUUGAUGUUGGAGCAAAUAAGUCUUUCCUUUUAAAAAUCAGCCUUCUUAACUGAGGGCAUGAUAAAAAAUAAGCCUUGUUAAUUAAGGGCAUGAUAAAGUCACAUCAGAUUUAUCCAGAAACAUUUUAUUAGAGAUCUCGUAUGUAUGUCAAUUAUAUCUGAACAAAACUGAAAAAAAAAGAUUUCGUAGAAGCCUGUCAGUCCCUACCACAGCUUUUAAAAGUGUGAACCUUGAGUUUAAACAAAAUGGCAUGUCUUUUUCCACAGUUUUGCAAUGGAGUUAAAGUAAGGCAAUGUAGUAUAAUGUGUAGUGGAGUAUAAAGGGCUAAUUCAUUCUAUCCCAAGAAGAACUUAGAGUAAAAUAACUUUUUUUUUUCUUGAGACUUGUCUUAUUUUUAGUUAGGUGUGUUGGCAGUUUUGUCCGUUUCGUCAGUCCUUUGGGUUAACUAGAUAUUGCUGAAUUAAUCCCAGAAACUGACUUGUAAUUCGAUGACUCCAUGAAUUGGGUGGACAUUUCAUUUUAUUUAGCUCUUAAAAGUGCUAAAACCCCUCAUGAAGGAAAAAUUUCAAGAAACUAUAGUAUAAAGGUAUCCAGAUUCUGAUGAGCUUUAAAAAUUGUGAAAUUGAUCAAAUGUCUUCAUAUUUAAGCCAAAAAUGUUAGUACAUGACAAAUAUAGAAGUCUUGUUCCCAGGAUUCUCUAGCAGAAUUUUUUGUUAGUGGCUUACUCUAUAUAGCCUCAUGUGCCUUAAAGGUGAACUCUGUACUUUUCGUCAAUAUCAGGCUGUUCCAAACUCAAAAGUAAUCUAAAUGUUGUAAUUCGUUUUAUAAAAUGCCCAUGCUGUUGGAUAUCAGUAAGCAAAGGCAUUAAAUCAAACCACGUAAUCAAUGAUAAGAGUGUAUAACAAAACAAAAACCUUCAGAUCUCAAGUUUCAUUUGCAUAACUUGAUUUUUGGCCCAGCUAGGUCAUGGAAGAACAUUGAAGUCAACUAAAGUAUAGCUUAAUGUAUUCUUUUAUUUUUUCCCCUGAAAAAAGUCAUAAACCAGAAUACUUUUUUUUUUUUGGCUACGCUGUGUGGCUUGCGGGAUCUUAGUUCCCCGACCAGGGAUUGAACCCGGGUCCUCGGCAGUGAAAGCGCAGAGUCGUAACCACUGGACUGACAGGGAAUUCCCGAGAAUACUUUUUAAAACCAGAUAACUCUGGAAAGAUAAUUUUCAAGGCAAAAGUACUUCAAGAACAGAGAUUAUAUAGCAAGUUGAUUCUCUUGUUAACUUUAGGAAUUCUUUGUAUUCAUUCAUGUAAUAGCUGAACAUUCCUUUUCCCUUUAACAAAUUACCUUUUAGCACUUCUAUCUAGAAGAAAAAACGUUUGCUUCGAAUUGGGAGGGGGUUACUUAAAGUCAGUAUAUAGUUUGAGAUGGUUGAUAGGAAAAUUUCCAGUUACAUUCAAAUAGUAGUAGUGAUGUUGAUUACACUGACAUUCAACAUGUCUAAACUUAGAGGUAAAUUUAAUCCUUAAAAGGACUAUUAGGUAGAAAAUAAGUAUUUGUAUACACAUGUACUGUGGUAACUUUGGAUUCAUUUUAAGUCUGACAAAGUAAGAUAAGUUUUAUCUUUACAAUGGAAUUAUGCUAAGUGGCAGGAGGUAUCUGAGAGAUAUUUAGACCUAGGCAUCCCUGUCAGUAUCUGGAACAUAGCUCCUUAGAAAUGCUUAAUUCUUAUUUCUUUGGAAAAUAACUUACUUAUUUACUUAUUCCAAAAGGCUUAGAAGGAACUAUGAAAAUUCCUCUAGGUUAACUGGCUAUUAAGAGUAAGAAGUCAACUAUACUUUGAUAAAAUUUUUUUUAAGGAUAAAAAAGAGUAAGGAGGUUGCAUGGUAUAGCUGAGUUGACUCACUAAAAUUUUAUUUUCAUAUUUUUUCUAAUAUUAAAAUUAUUUGUUUUCAGCCCCCCUUCACAAUUAUAUUUUAAAUUAAGGUUAUUAAUGUUUUAACCUAGAUCACAUAAUGGUAAAUUAAUUUUUAAUUAGAUAUUCAUACUGAACUUGGAGGAACUGAUUUGGUCUUCUCUGAUUUCAAUAUGUAAUACUUUUUAUUGUUAAAUUUCUUUGUUACAUCUUUGUGGUCAAUGGAACCUGUGGAAAUCUGUGUUCUUUUUUUGUGGUGAGGGAUGAGGGUAGAAAAGAGGAGAGUUGUUCUAAUUAUACAUAUGCAUUUUGACUAUAUAAAGGUAGAUGUAGAAUUAAUAUGUAUAAAUGACAAGUUAACACUUACCUAUUCUGAAUUGUUCUAAGGAACAGUGGCCUGAAGCCAUGGCUUGUUUUGUGGAGCUGCUUGCUCUUUAAUAGUAGCUGACCAAUUGGAUUUAAGUUGAGACUUUGGGGUUAGGUUAUCAAGCUGAGGCUUUUAGGAAUGGAGCAGACCAUGUCUGUUCCUAUAGUGGAUCAAUUUAAUUUCUCCUUUGAGUACUCUAAUUUAGAUAUAGGUAUUAUCCAUUCUAAAUCUUUGUGUUGGGAGUUUUAUAGAACUGUUUUCAAAAGCUAUUAAGGAUAAACACAAGUAUAUGUAAAACAUUUCACAAACGGUUAAAACUUUCAAUUUUUUGUUUUAGUUUCAAAGGUUAGUUAUGUAGCAUCAAUAUCAUAACCAAAGCAAGUAGGAAGUUGACUGGUUUGGAGAAUCUUCAAGUAGUCUUAAAUACUGUAAUGUAUCAGGUUGUUAACCAGGAUUUUUUUCCUGUAUUUCUGCUAAAUGUAUUACUAUAUUAAUGCACUUUUGUAUAUAUAACUGUCUUCUGUACAUUCUGUACUUACUACAGUGUAUAUAAAAGCUGUUUUUCCUGAAGCUGUGAGGGAAAAGCAAUAGCUGUAAUGCAAGUCAUUUCUAUUUUGAGUUUCUUCUUGUACUUGAAAGUAGUAGUUCAGUAGUUAAAUCUAAAUGAGUAUAUAUGGUUGUAAUUAAAAUGGCAAUGUGGCAGAGCUGUCUUUUGAAACUGAUUAUCAGAAUGAAAAGUGUUUUGGUUAUUAAGAACUCUUGUACUAUUUUAAACUGUCUCUUUUGAUGUACCAUGAAUUCUUACAAACCCACUGCUGCUUACUACUUUAUACUUCUGAUUCUACUCCUUUUCAUGUCUCAUCCCAGAACAUUUAUCAACAGAGAAGAAUUUCUCUCUUUUCUUUUGCUCAUGGUUUGGUUAAGGCUUCAUAAACUUUUGUUUUGUGAAAGCUCCAAUUUCCCAAAUGUCAUUGGCAAAUCAUUAUUUUUCCUGGAAAGAUCAGAUUUCUAGAGAGAUUAGCAUUCAUAGUAAGUGAAAAUUAGGUCUAACAUUGUUUCCAAAAAACCAGAUCUAUUUUCCUUAUAUAUUGUUCUAGAGUCUUUUUAAGUUAUAAUUAUAUAAAUGUCUGUGAGCAGUUUUAUGUAUAGGUACAGAAGCAGGUCAGCUUUUCAGCAGCAACUUUAUCUCCUGCCACCAGAGGGAGGUCUGUGGUUGCUCUCUCCUUCGGAAAAUGUCUUAGCUGCUUUUCUUUUGUUUUUAAUUUCAGAGGUUGGAAUUGACCUCAUGCUCAAAAUUCCUUUUGUGAUAUUAAAUGCUUUGAUUUGUUAGUCAAAGGUAAGUUAAUUGAGCUUGUUUAAUAAAGCCAAUAUUCAUGCUUUUCUGUAAUCUUCAAUUUUUAAUAAAUGUGAGUUAGAUAUUAAGUGAA